AUGGUGCGCAUUCUGGUGGCAUUCCGUUUAGGAACUUUCUGCAGCUCGUCCGAGUCUUCCCCCUCGAUGUCUAUCUCCGGUCUCGUGUCUUCUUCCCUUUCACGCAUAUGCGUCUCCUCGUUCGACUCGGACACGGGUCAUGGAUGCGAUGCCUCUUCCCAGACAACGGCAUCCAUGACCAUUCUGCAGGACCCAUCUUUGACCGUACACCUUCUCGGGGCCAUUCUCGAGACCAAGUCUGGGAUAGCCUCCUUAUCUCGCCUUGCACGCACCUGCCAGGCACUGAAAGAGCCUGCACUGUCGCUUCUCUGGAGAGAGCUUCGUGGUCUAGCUCCCCUCAUCGCCCUCUUCCCCAACGUUAUUCAGCGCACCCUUCGGGGUCGCGAUUCGAUCCGACCGAAAGAUUGGUCUCGUAUCCUGUCAUACAGCACUUAUGUGCGCAGCCUCGUGUGGACCUCCUGCGAUGCCCCAUCGUAUUUCUGGUCUCUGUUAGAAAGUAGUCGCGGCAGACCAGACUAUAUCCUACCAAACCUCACUUCUCUGGAAUGGGUCGACACGUCUGCGGGAAGCCUGGAGCAUUGCCAGUUGUUUUUAGGCCCUCAGUUGGAGUAUAUUGCUCUGCAUCCUGGAGCCGUAGCAAAUACUGGGUUGAUGAACAACAUAAUGCAGCAAAUCGCGACCCAUAAGCAUCUGACGACCAUAUCACUCAACUGCAGGACCAUUAAACCCAUUUAUUUCUUCGUCCAUGUCGUGUCUCCGCAGGAUGUUAUGUGGGAGAACGUCAUUUGGGAGAAUGUGAACAUGGACAAUGCACCCUCACAUGGUCCGUUCAUCAAGUGGAUCUUCGCUCUUCCCAGGCUGAAAACCUUCAUCUGGAGUGAAGCCGGGUCUCUUCGUAGUAUCACAGAAGAACUCCAAUUCAUUGACAAAUCCGAAACUACUACUCUGAGUUUCUCCGUACUUCCAACCCGUGCAGAUGAUGAUGAUAGUCAUUCUGCUGGAUCUAUUCUCCCCAUUGACUCAUUCCCACAAGGCUAUCAUCGUACAUCGUUCGCUCAAGCCGGCCUGUUCCUUAGUCUGCCCCCCACAACAGAACAUCUGGAUUUCAAAACGGAAAAGAUACCACAAGUUCAGCACACAGUAUUCAAUCCUGAUGGUCCUCAAAAGUUUGCAUGUCUGAUUCGCCUAGAGUUGUCUGCACACGACCUCGAUGGUUUAGACGUAUUCCUUAGGCAGCUCAGAAACCCGCUACGCGAGCUCGGGCUUACAGUCCUAAACGAAUCGUUUGGAUUUUCAUGGUACUAUGUAUGCAUCGCCAUUUGCGAGCAUUCCGGGGACACAUUGCAGACCCUGCGGAUCCGCAACUCCAUAGUGAAGGCGUACCAGACUCUAGAUCUGACUUUACUUGUUCCUCUGCCAUAUCUACAACAUUUAACCAUCGACUUCCCUCAUCUCGAGCCUGCAUUCGAGGACGUAGACGUUGUUGACAUCUCGACCACCUUGCCCAGCCUUGUCGAGCUGAGACUCUCUCCUGUCGUGCGUUUUCCCUGCCAGAGUAAGACUAGGUGUCGACUUAUUUGGGACUAUGCGCUCUGGGAAUCGCUAGAGGGGUCGGUGAAGUACGAGGAGCUUUAG